AAAUAAUGAUAGCUUCUUCCACCUCCACUCUCCGUUUCCAACUCGCCGUCUUCUACCGCAUACCCAAAUCUCCAAAGGCCUCAUACGAACCUGCCUCCGAGCCUCAGCCUCGGAAAUUCAGGCCCAGCCCUCAGCUAAACCGAUGGUCCCGUGCCCGGUCCUUGCGCUCCGGCCGGAAAUUCGACCGGACCGGCCAACAUUCACAACAACUCGACCCAAACCCUCCUCUUCAGCUCAAAGAGCAAGUCUCGCCGGAGCAAAAAGAUACCACUUUAACGGCGAGUAACGGCGGUGCUGACGUGGACUUGACGGCCGGGAAGUCGAUUUAUAUGGUUUCCGACGGAACUGGCUGGACGGUGGAACACUCCGUCGGCGCAGCUUUGGGCCAAUUCGAGCAUUGCUUGGUCGAUCGGAACUGCGCUGUGAAUACCCAUUUGUUCUCUGGGAUUGAUGACGUGGGGCAGUUGAUGGAGAUUAUAAAGCAAGCAGCUAAGGAAGGAGCUUUGGUGGUGUACACAUUAGCUGACCCAUCAAUGGCUGAGUCUGCUAAACAAGCUUGUGAAAUUUGGGGGAUACCCAACAUUGAUAUGUUAGGUCCAAUUACACAGUCCAUAGCUUCACAUUUGAAUGUGUCACCUUCUGGGGGUCCCAGGAGGUACCCUCUUACAGAUGAGUAUUUUCGGAGGAUCGAGGCAAUUGAGUUUACUAUCAAGCAGGAUGAUGGGGCAUUGCCCCAGAACUUGCACAAGGCUGACAUUGUGCUUGCAGGGGUUUCGAGAACGGGGAAGACCCCGUUGUCGAUUUAUUUGUCACAGAAGGGGUACAAGGUGGCUAAUGUGCCUAUUGUGAUGGGGGUUCCUUUGCCAAAGGCUCUUUUUGAGAUCGACCCUGAGAAGGUUUUUGGCUUGACUAUUAAUCCUGUGGUGUUGCACACGAUUAGGAGGGCGAGGGCUAAGAGUUUGGGGUUUGGUGAUGGAGUGAGGAGUAACUACUCUGAGAUGGAUCAUGUCCGAGAGGAGCUUGAGUUUGCGCGAAAGAUUCUUGCACAAAAUCCUGUCUGGCCAGUAAUCGAAGUGACAGGCAAAGCAGUAGAAGAAACUGCAGCUGUUGUGUUGAGGCUUUAUCAUGACAGGAAGAACAAGUGCUCGAUGCCAAGAAUAUCGAAACGUUACUGAUAAGUCAUUCUGCUAGAUUAUGCAGUGGUAAAUAUGUAUAUCAUGCAUAUAUAUACUAUCUAUUUGUCUAGCCAAGAGCUUUCUGAAAAUGUGUUGCCACUUUUUAGGUGUAGAUUAGGGACAAGUCAGAUCUCUUUCGCUUGCGUACUUAUAUACCUGUAAAGCAUGUAUAUGUAAACACACAUGUAUUGAAAUAUAGAAUGCUAGCUGUCAUUGUAAACUGUAUGCCAGUCACCAUUUGCAUUUU